UCAACUCCCUUGAUGAUACAAGUCAUAACAAUCUGCUUCUGCUUAUUACUUAUCCCUCUUGCAUUUUUGGCAACCUAUAAGACACCCUCCGAUCAAUGGAAGAUAUGGUUUCCGAACCGUCUUUUGCCCAAUGGAGAACAAGAUUCUCUAAAGCAUCUUCUCGGGAGACUCGUAAGAGGAAAUGAUCGAAACAAGCUAGAAACUACCAGGUUUGCAUGUGAUCGUGCACCUCACUCAGUUGUCUGUGUGGCAAAUCAACAAGUAAGAAUUGAAACGGCUAACUUAGAAGUUCAUAUGCGUUCUUACAAUCAAACUGAGACUCUGGUUCAACCGUAUGCAAGGCAAGAAGAUAAAGAACUCAUGAGGUACAUAACACCUGUUCAUAUAUUACGGGAGAAGACCACGGUAACACCCAAAUAUUGCUAUUACACCCAUAAAGUCCCUGUUAUAGUUUUCUCAUCUGGGCUUAUCGGAAACCUCUUUCAUGAAUUCAGUGAGAUCAUCAUCCCAUUAUUCAUCACUACUCGCCAUUUUCAAUCCAAUGUACAAUUCAUGGUUACUGAUUACCAGCCCUGGUUUGUCCAAAAAUAUAACAGUGUUCUCACACAAUUGUCACGUUAUCAAGUGAUAAGGACAGGUUCAAAUACAAGUGAUCAUUGCUUUCCAGGAGCAGUAAUCGGGCUUAGAUUCCAUGACAACUUGGCAGUGAAUCCCAACUCUAUUCCAGGAGGCUACACAAUGCUAGAUUUCAAGCAAUUCUUAAGAGACGCAUACAGUCUGAAAGUCAAAAACGCAAAUGAAAUCCAGAAGCCGAUUUUGCUUCUUAUUUCUAGAAAAACAUCAAGAACAUUUGUAAACGAAAACGAAAUGGUUCAAAUGAUGGAAGAUACGGGGUUUCAAGUGAUCGUCACAGAGAUCAAAGAUAUGUUUAAUCUGGAUAAGUUCGCAAGGGUGGUCAACUCAUGCAAGGUUAUGGUUGGUGCACAUGGUGCAGGUCUAACAAAUGGAGUUUUCUUACCUCAAGGGGCGGUGCUCAUCCAGGUUGUGCCUUAUGCACUCACAUGGGCCUCUGAAACCUACUUUGGCCAACCAGCACCAAAAAUGGGGUUAAAGUACUUGGAAUACAAGACUGUAGCAGAGGAGAGCUCCUUGAUUGGUUCAUAUGGACCAAAUGAUCCUGUAAUUACUGAUCCUCAAUCUUUAUACUCAAAAGGUUAUCAAGUCGUACGCGCUAUUUAUGUUGAUGGGCAGAAUAUGACGAUUAAUCUUUCAAGAUUUCGGGCCACAUUAGUUGAAGCCCUUGUACAUCUUGGACAUCCAUAUCCUCCAAAUUGA